CUACAACGUCCCCGUCGAGGCGCCCCAAAAGAAAGAAAAGAAGGAGAAAGAGUAUGGCGAUUGGUUUGUCCAGGUCACCGAACCGGAUCCGCACUGCUGGAAGAGCAUGGAAACCCUUACCUACAACGAGAAAUGUCGGUUGCUCAAGAAAGUCCUCAACUGCGAGGUUGUGUGGGUGCAAACAGGCUCUGCUUCAUUGGCGAAGCAAGGCAAGUUGGGAGUCCGGGAAGCAGUGCACCUGCUGAAGUGCGAUCGCAUCUUGGUGCGAUUGUGGAACUACUAUCAGUUUGUGUACGAGAACCGUCCAGAUACUGACUGGACACGUGCGUAUCCCUUCCUGAAGAAGCGGGAGACGAUUUUGGUGGAGUUCGAGAAGCAGGGAAUGGAUGCCCCGUUGUGGGACGGGAGCAGGAAGCUCGUCGGUGACGCCUCACUGUUCAAGGAUUGCCCGCCGUACAUGGGGUGCAAGGACUACAAAAUGAUCAAGGCGACGGAAAAACUCACCCAAAACAAGAAGUUGUCCGUCGGCUGGAAGGACAAGGUCCUCUCCGUGCUGACCGGCUGUAGGGCGAAGAGCAUGGAGGUCGCGCUUGCCGAAGGCGUGGUGCACGUUCUGUGGAAAAACUCGGGGGACGUGACAUCGAUCGCACCGUUCAGCGUUGACCCUCUGGAGGCGCAGAUGAGGGUCACGGAGUUGGAGAAAGCGGUUGGGACCACCAAAUGCCACACGUGCGUUCACGAUCUGUUCGAGCCGGUGGACUUCAAACACUGGACGCCGAAAGCUUUCGAGAGUUUAAAUUCUCUCCUAGAGCAAUUGUUUCCGUCACACUUGACGGUCGUCGCUUUCGUCCCUCGGCAGUGGGACUACUCCUUCAUGACCAGCCUGCGCCAUCUGCCCGUUGUGAAGGCAAUGGCAGGGACGUGGGUGACGAGGACGCCGCAGAAUAAAAGUUUUCCAGUGGGGAACAACUUGUUUUCGGCUGACGACCGGAUGUACAUUCUCUUCAAAUGUGACGAUUUGCGGGAGAAUACUUGUGUCAUCUACGAUGCUAGGUUGUCGGCAAGUGACGCUGCAGCUAUCGGGGUACAUCAGAAAGUGCCCUCGACAGACAUAUCGGAGACUCCCUUUGACCCUUGCGAGUGGCCGUCGGCCAUGCCUGGAGUUGACAGGAAGGUCUACAAGGACAUGGAGCGGAACCCCACACAAUUGGCCCAUCUGCUGGAAUUUGUGUGCAAAAAGGGGGAGGACGUCAUGUUCCUCGGCAAGCCGCACGCGCGAGUCGUGUGGGAGGUUUUGAAGAGCGGCCGACACGUGGUCGCGCUGGAAGGGAAUUCUGAGUUGUUGCAAUACACGUUGGAGUUCGUCAAAAGCGAGGUCAACUCUGGAGCCAGCCGCUGCGAGUUCGUUUCGAGGAGCGAGAAAUCAACACGCGUUCGGGAACCGUCUACGGACAUGUGGUUCAAGUUGAGCGAGCAGAAGACGAACAGGAUCUACGAGUUCCUCUUUUUGGAAGUGCGGCCCAGGAGGGACAAUGACGCUGAGUACAUGCGCCGCAAGAACGCAAAGAACUUCCUCGACCGGCUGGAGCGUUUGAACUUCGUCGAGUCCGAGCGGGUGUUGAAGCUCGAGAGUUAUGGUGCCUUGAUCUCCACGGAGGACGAGGCGGAGACAGGCGUUGUUUUCGACACCGCUAUGCCCGAGGAGGACAACGACAGCGAGGACAUCGACAUCGAUUACCAUCCUGCUCCGGUGUUUCAUGCCAUGGGCUCCUCGUCGGCCGGUCCCUCAACAAGCCAGGCCACCCAGACGUCGCCUGUGCUCACGUUCACCCCGGGCGGUGGCGGUGAUGGGGGGGAGAACGUUGUUGGACAGCCAACUGCCAUGUCCGGUAAGCGACCUGCGUCGAAGUCCGUCGGAAUCCGGACUACAUCGGCUGAGACACCGCGCGUAAAUGGAGAGCCCACUGACCAUGAUGAGCCGAAGUCCGCCCGGAUCCGGACUUCUUCAGAAAGGGCUCCACAUGCAAGGAUUAUCGUGCCCACGGGAGGGGCUACGCACGUGGGGGCAGGAGAGCGGGCCGCGGGAUUCGACAUGGUUUUGGGAGAAUUUCGUGAAUGGCGUGGGAGGGACGGAGGGGAAGAAGGGGAAGAAGGGGAAGAAGGAGAGGAAGGAGAGGAAGGGGGUGAAGAAGGGGAUAUCGAUAUUGAAGGCGACGAACGGCUGGGCAAUGAGGAGGAUGCCGACUGCGAGGAAUCGUCUGACUCGUUCGGGCACCUUUACGCGGGUCAUCCGGGGCCUGAUGUUGACGACGAUGCGACAACAAUGGAGAUGGAGACGCAGGUGGUCAAUGACCUGUUAGCAGACCCUGAAGAUUAUGAGGUUCAACCACUGACGGCUGCAGUCGAUCUCCAACACCGUUGCGACGAGGUUUCCGCUGUUGUGAGCCCGGCUCAACGAAGUCAACAAUUGAGCGUCGUUGAAGUUAUCAAUGAGAUACUCGGCGACGAGCAGGUGGUCGGGCAACGGUAUGCAGCGCCUGUCCCGGACGACCACUAAAAAGUCACAACUUUCGUGCCCUCUGACACCG